GUAUUAUUUAAGCAAAUCAUACGAUGGACAUCAUACAAAAAUGUCACCUAACAAAGCCAGAUCGAUUGCGAAACACCCAAGCCAAGAAAACCAACAAUCACUUUGAACAUGCGUGUUACAGAUGCAAUCCUACUCUGCGCGGGUGCUGACCUUGCAGCUGGUCUGAAUGUUGGUCCAAACUAUCAAUAUCCGCUAGAAGAUCUGGACAAAGAUCUGCCGUUCUCUCAGCCUGUGACAUUUGCGCACUUGGAAUGGCAACGUUGUUUAGCGGAGUCGCAUAAUAAGCCUCUUGACAUUGCGGUUCUGGGAUUCCCUUAUGACACCUCUACUUCCUACCGUCCAGGAGCUCGCUUCGGCCCGAGAGGUAUUCGGGCUGGGUCAUCCAGGGAGAAGAAAGGGCGUAGUUACAACACCGUGUGGGAAGUUGACCCUUACGAACAGGGGCUGGAGAUUAUCGACUGUGGAGACGUGCCCAUCACCCCCUUUGAUGCCAGCCAUGCGUUCAAGCAGAUGGAACAGGCGUAUCGACAGAUUCUCUACCAUCCAACCACCGAUCAGAAUGAAUGGGAACAUCCCCGCAUCAUCAGCCUUGGAGGCGAUCACUCCAUAGUCCUGCCAAUUCUUCGCAGCCUGAAGACCGUUUAUGGACCCAUCUCAGUCAUCCAUCUCGAUUCGCACCUUGACACAUGGGAUCCUUAUGAAGGCUACACGGGAAUCGUUUCGAACCAGUCCGCCAUUACCCAUGGAACCUUCUUCUGGCAUGCGAGCCGAGAAGGGUGCAUCAGCAAGGGCACCAGUGUUCAUGGCGGCUUGAGGACCAAGCUCUUUAGCCCGAAAGACUAUGAGAUCGACAGGGAUGUCGUCGGAUUCACCAUAAUUGAAGCACAUGAGAUUGACGAUAUUGGCAUGAAUGGCAUCGUCAAGAAAGUCAGAGACGCCGUUGGUAAUACGCCGGUGUAUCUUUCCAUCGACAUUGAUGUCUUGGACCCGAGCAUCGCUCCAGCUACUGGAACGCCAGAGUCAGGCGGUUGGACCACGAGAGAGCUGAAGAGAUUCCUCAAGGGUCUUGAGGGUCUCAAUCUGGUCGGUGCUGAUGUCGUUGAAGUCAGCCCGCCGUAUGACUCUGUGGCCGAGACAACUUCCGUCGCUGCCGCUGAUCUGAUUGUCGAUAUUCUGGCUGGCAUGACGAAGAAGAAGACUUUUGAUCCGUCCAGAAACGAGAAAGACGAGUUGUAAUCACUGUCUUUCCAACAUAAUGAGAACCUAUAGGCACUCUGCGCAAAAGCAGAGCGCGUAGUGGGAAAAAACUUCGCUGCUUGAGAAGAACCAGCGAGACAGCGCUAUUACUAAGUCUACGAGCUGCGAAUAUUCUCAGGCCCUCAACUCGGUCGUGUCUUUCUCCACUGCCUUGCCCUCAGCCAUCUCCCCUUUUUGGCAAGUUAUCCGCUAUGCCGGGGGGGUUGCUGACGGUACUUAUGGUUAUUUACGUAACCUCCUCGUCCCUCCCCCCUGCUCCCUCAAUCACCUAGUAUGUUGAAUGUGAGGAUGCUUGAAUUCUGCAACUUGCCAUCAU